AUGCUGGCCCGUGGCUUGAGGGCCGCGCCAGCAGCGCGGCAAUGCCUGAAGCAGAUCCAGAGGCCCGCAUUCGUGCAAUACCAGGCGCGAGGAUAUGCGACGCCAGCAGAUGAGAAGGUCGCCCAGUUCAAGGGCCAGAAGGGCAGCGAUGGCAAGUACACAGUAUCGCUGAUUGAGGGAGACGGUAUCGGUCCAGAGAUCGCGCAAUCGGUCAAGGACAUCUACAACGCCGCGAAUGUACCCAUCAAGUGGGAGCCAGUCGAUGUCACUCCACAACUCAAAGACGGCAAGACCGUCAUCCCAGACAGCGCGAUUGACAGCAUCAGCCGCAACUUGGUCGCGCUCAAGGGUCCCCUCGCAACACCCAUCGGCAAGGGUCACGUCUCGCUCAACCUGACCCUCCGAAGGACAUUCAACCUUUUCGCCAACGUCCGACCUUGCAAGAGUAUCGCAGGCUACAAGACUCCCUACGACAACGUCGACACAGUCCUGAUUCGUGAGAACACCGAGGGCGAAUACUCCGGUAUCGAGCACGUGGUGGUGGACGGUGUCGUUCAAUCGAUCAAGCUCAUCACGAAAGAGGCUUCCGAGCGUGUACUACGAUAUGCAUUCCAGCACGCCCAGGACAUUGGUCGCAAGAAGGUCCGCGUGGUGCACAAGGCCACCAUCAUGAAGAUGUCCGACGGUCUCUUCUUGAACCUCGCCCGCGACAUCUCCAAGGAGUACCCAGACAUUGAGUUCGACGCCGAGAUGCUGGACAACACCUGCUUGAAGGUCGUCACUGACCCAACACCAUACAACGACAAGGUUCUGGUCAUGCCCAACUUGUACGGUGACAUUCUGUCCGAUAUGUGCGCUGGUUUGAUUGGUGGUCUUGGUCUUACACCAUCCGGCAACAUCGGUGACGAGUGCUCCAUCUUCGAGGCUGUCCACGGUUCCGCACCAGAUAUCGCCGGCAAGGGUCUCGCUAACCCAACUGCUCUGCUUUUGUCUUCGAUCAUGAUGUUGCAACACAUGGGGUUGACAAGGGAGGCUAGCAAUAUCCAGCAUGCCAUUUUCAAGACGUUAGAGGAAGGAAAGGCACUCACAGGGGACCUCGGCGGCAAGGCCAAGACCCACGAAUACGCCGAUGCAGUCAUCAAGAACUUGACGUAG